UAGCUGCCACUAUGAAAAUUUUUCUUGGUUUGUGAUAAUUUUGCUCGCAAGUCAAAAUUAGUAUAGAUAAACUAAAUCAUCUUUUCGAAAUGUUAGAAGGAAAAGCAAUAGUGCGUGAAACAGAUAUGCCUGAUGCUCUGUCGAAUCGUGCAAUGGAGUUGGCUUACCAGGCACUUGAUCUACACGAGUCUUCAGAGUUUCAAUCCAUCGCACGUUUCCUUAAAAAGAAUUUCGAUGAAUUUUACGGUCCGACGUGGCACUGUGUGGUUGGCAAAGACUUUGGAUCUUGCAUUACGCAUUUAAAUGAAAACUAUAUAAUGUUCUGUGUGGAUAUGAUUGUAUUCCUUCUGUUCAAAGAUGGCGAUGAAUUAUCUCACGCCAUCGAAGAAGCUGUAGUCGUACCUCUUCAGAAACCUGCUGAAUGAGUGGUCAAAAUCGCUCGUUUUCUAUCUGCGUGCAUGUUGUUAAAUACAGAGAUAAAAGAAUGUAUAGAAAGAAUAAAUUGUUGUAAUAAUAAUAGCAUGGUUAUUUGGAUUUGUAAUGAAUCUUGAUAUAUAACAGGUAAAUUUAUUGUACUA